AGUAGGAAGAUUGAUGAUAGUGUGUUGGCAUUUAAUGCAUUUGGUUUACCUAUCCCUACUCCAUCUUCUUUGUCAAUCUCGAAGUCGAAGAUUAUUACAUAUAAUUGUGUCGGCUGGAAUUGGAUUGCCCCUGCAGCUCCUCAGAACCAGUACAUUAUAACCAUCAUUCUCCCAACUCCAAUCAUACUCCCAAAUUCCAGGCAAUUCCUUUUUCAGCGCAACUUGCAGUCUUCCAUGGAAUUGAUGAAAGAAAUUACUACUCUCGAAAUUGAGAUAAUGCGUUUGGAACGAUAUCUUCUCUCACUAUAUCGGACAGCUCUCCCGCUUGUAUUGGAAAAUAAUCAGAAAAUCAAGAUAAGCUCCCCUACCCAGUGUACAACACACCAAUCAUACUCCGAUGUUGAAAUGGAUACGUGUGCGGAUCUAAUCUCCGCUGCACAUGCUUUGGCUGGUGUAAGUGAUCAGAUUCAGACUGCCAAAAACUCAUCGUCUAUAAGGGAAAAAUUAACGGAUUCUGCCCACCGUAGCCUUGCGGAUCACCUCACUGCCUCUCGCAUGGAUGACCUUCUUAGUUAUCCUGAUAGGCUGUCUGAAGAAAUAGUCAAAUGCAUAUCUUGUAUAUACUGCAAAUUUGCCAAUCCCAAUAUUCUUGCUCCAAAGGGAUUAUCAGUUUCUUCUACUUCGUCAUUGUCAUCAUCAAGCACAUUUUCUCCGAGAAAUCUUUCGGGCAGCUGGAGCUCACAUCACAAUGAGGAGAGCACUGAGCAGUAUGAAUUUGAAGUGAUAGAAAUUUUGAAGAUAUGUCUAGAUGAUGAUAGUUUCAAUUAUGCCACAACAAUGCUGCAUAAGUUCAGGACACUGGUUAAGAGCCUUGAAAAGGUUGAUCCAAGAAACAUGACGCGUGAAGAGAAGUUAACAUUCUGGAUUAAUAUUCACAAUGCCCUGGUGAUGCAUGCUUAUUUAGCCUAUGGAACUCAAAAUUCUGUCAGAAGUUCUUCAAUCUUGAAGGCAGCUUAUAAUGUGGGUGGUCAUUGCGUAAAUGCUUAUGUCAUACAGAGCUCCAUAUUAGGGAUACAACCACACUAUUCUGCACCGAGGCUACGGACGCUCUUUUCUCCAGGAAAAAAGUUUGCGACAGGAAAUUGUAGACAUACAUAUGCGAUUGAGUACCCUGAGCCACUUGUUCACUUUGCGCUGUCUUUGGGUGCAUCUUCUGAUCCCGCGAUUCAGGUUUACACAGCGAAGAACGUAUUUCAGGAUCUUAAAGUAGCAAAAGAGGAGUUUAUACGGGCUACAAUUUGCAUUAACAAGGACAAAAGGAUUUAUCUGCCUAAAAUCAUAUGCUAUUUUGCAAAAGAUAUGUCCCUGAGCACGGAUGAAGUAGUUGAAACUAUCAUGGGAUCUCUACCAGAAACUCAGAUGAAACUAGUCAGAUCCUGCAUGAAGGAGUACAGAGCCGAUAAGUUACUUUAUUGGUUGCCACAAAGUUGGACGUUUAGAUAUUUGAUCCAGAAACAAGUAAUCCAAGGAGAUUAUUCAUUUAACUGUCAAUAUUAGUGUUGUACUUAUAUAAUAAAAAUAUUUCUCUCAUUUAAUUGCGAAGUCAUGUAAGCAUCAUUAUAUAUACUGUGUGCGGGUGGUUCAGAUCUUUCCACUAA